CCUUCAAGAUCUGUUUCUUCCUUCUUUUCCUCUACGAGAUUUUGUACCAUAGGCUUCCAUACCCAUUUAUCUUUCUUGUCUGAAUCCUAGAAAAGACUCUCAUUUGUCUUUUGUUUGGUCGAUCUGAGAAAUUGUUUUAAAUUUUAAAAUAUUGCCACUCUCUAAGUGUAGAUUCUGCGUUUGAAGUACAGUGAAACGUCUUUCAGGGUUUGUUUUUUUUCUCCGAGUUUUUUUGUCCUGUAAAAAAAAAACUCGGCAGCUCUCUCUCUCUCCUCAAGAAAGAUUGAUUGAUCAAAAUCUAUCAUUUGCAAAGGAAAACUAAAAAUGGGUAAGAGUUGGUUUUCUGCUGUGAAGAAGGCCUUAACUCCAGAACCAAAACAAAAGAAAGAACAGAAGCCCCAUAAGGCCAAGAAAUGGUUUGGUAAAUCCAAGAAGUUGGAUCUUACCAAUCAUUCACUGCCUAAUAGUACUCCUCGUGUUGUCAAAGACGCAAAACGAAAGGAGAUUGAGGAGCAACAGAGCAGACAUGCUUACUCCGUGGCUGUUGCAACUGCUGCUGCUGCAGAGGCAGCCAUUGCAGCUUCUCAAGCUGCUGCUGAAGUUGUUCGUCUCACGGCAAUAUCACGUUUCCCUGAGAAAUCAAAGGAAGAGAUCGCUGCCAUCAAGAUUCAGACAGCAUUCAGAGGAUAUAUGGCAAGAAGAGCAUUGCGUGCCUUGAGAGGCCUUGUGAGGCUAAAAUCUUUAAUCCAAGGGAAAUGUGUGAGACGUCAAGCCACAUCGACAUUGCAAAGCAUGCAAACACUAGCUAGGUUACAAUAUCAGAUUCGUGAGAGGAGGCUCCGAUUAUCUGAGGAUAAGCAAGCUUGUGCGCGGCAGCUCCAACAAAAACACAAUAAAGAUGUUGCCAAGACUGGAGAAAAUUGGAAUGAUAGCACAUUGUCGCGGGAGAAAGUUGAGGCAAACAUGUUGAACAAGCAAGUAGCAACAAUGAGAAGAGAAAAAGCGCUUGCAUACGCAUACACUCAUCAGAAUACGUGGAAAAACUCAUCUAAAUUUGGAUCUCAAACAUUCAUGGACCCGAACAACCCGCAUUGGGGUUGGAGUUGGCUAGAACGUUGGAUGGCUUCAAGACCAAACGAAAACCUGCCAACCACAACACCAGACAAUGCUGACAAAAACUCUUCUGUGUCGACGAGCGUAGCAAGCCGUGCCAUGUCUGAGAUGGUUCCACGCGGCAAAAACCUUUCACCAAAAAGAAAGACACCAAAUAGUACUCAAAGAGGUUCAAGCCCAAGAGUGAGGCAGGUCCCAAGUGGUGAUGAAGACUCAAAGAGCAUGUUGAGUAUCCAAUCAGAGCAACCUUGCAACCGUAGGCAUAGCAUUUGUGGCUCAAAUGCAUCCACUAGAGACGAUGAUAGCUUAACCAGUAUUCGCUCUCAGUCAGUUCCAGGCUACAUGGCACCUACUCAAGCUGCUAAAGCAAGAGCUCGGUUCUCGAACCUUAGUCCAAUGGGCUCAGAGAAGACAGCAAAAAAACGGUUGUCCUUCACUGGAUCUCCCAAGACUGUAAGGCGGUUUUCUGGUCCUCCGAAGCUGGAAGGCAAUGGGAACAAAUAAAGAUACUGGUCUUGCUUAAGAGGAGAUGUUUUUAGAAGAAUGGAUAUAGUUUAUAUCUGACACUGUUGAGUAGGUGCAAGUUCUGGAACAGACAUAAUAUCAGAAAAGAUUCUGCUGUGUCUUUGUUUAUAGCAAUUCCCUUCAUUUGUUUUUGGUUUUUUUUUUUUUUUGGUUACUGCUACAAACUUAUUUAUUUGUUUGAUUUUUGAUUGUUUUUUUUUUUGUUCAAAGAUUUUUGAUUGUUUUAACAUCUGAUUUUUCAUGUAUCUUUCAACUGAUGAGGAGACAAACAUA